GACUGGCAGGGGCGGUGGGACCGAGUGGAGUGGCGAGGCAUGGCGGGCGGGGCCGGAGAGGUGCUUACGCUGCAGUUGGGACAUUUUGCGGGUUUCGUGGGAGCGCACUGGUGGAACCAGCAGGAUGCUGCGCUGGGCCGAGCAACCAGCGCCAAGGAGUCCCUGGGAGAACUGUGCCCUGACGUCCUGUACCGGACGGGCCAGACGCUGCAUGGCCAGGAAACGUACACGCCGCGACUCAUCCUCAUGGAUCUGAAGGGCAGUCUGAACUCCCUAAAAGAGGAAGGUGGACUCUACUGGGACAAACAGCUAGACGCAGCAGUAGCUUGGCAUGGGAAGCUUACCACACACAAAGAGGAAGUCUAUCCCCAAAACCCUCAUCUCCAGGACCUUCUGAGUGCGGAGGGAGUGCGGAGUAGUGAUGGUUUCUGGAGGGUCAAAUCCAUCCCUAAUGGCAAAGGUCCCCCACCAGUCACCACUGCUGCAAUUCCAAAACCACUAGAGAGCAGUGUCAGAGUCUGGUCAGACUUCCUCAGAGUCCAUCUCCAUCCCCGGAGCAUCUGUAUGAUUCAGAAGUACAACCAUGAUGGGGAAACAGGUCGGCUGGAGGCUUUUGGCCAAGGGGAGAGUGUCCUGAAGGAACCCAGGUAUCUGGAAGAGCUGGAGGACAGACUGCACUUCUACGUAGAGGAAUGUGACUACUUGCAGGGCUUCCAGAUCCUGUGUGACCUGCAUGAUGGUUUCUCUGGGGUAGGUGCCAAGGCUGCAGAGUUGCUACAAGACGAGUAUUCAGGGCGGGGAAUAAUAACCUGGGGCCUGAUCCCUGGUUCCUGCAGUCUUGGGGAGCCUCAGAAAAACAUCUAUCGCCUGUUGAACACAGCAUUCGGACUGGUGCACCUGACUGCUUACAGCUCUUUCGUCUGCCCCUUAUCCUUGGGUGGGAGCCUGGGCCUGCGACCCCAGCCACCUGUCAACUUCCCUCACCUGCAUUAUGAUGCCACUCUGCCCUUCCACUGUAGUGCCAUCCUGGCCACAGCACUGGACACAGUCACUGUUCCUUAUCGACUCCGUUCAUCUCCAGUUUCCAUGGUCCACCUGGCUAAUAUGCUGACCUUCUCUGGGAAAAAGGUGGUGACAGCAGGAGCAGUCAUCCCCUUUCCCUUGGUUCCAGGCCAGUCCCUCCCUGAUGCCUUGGUGCAGCUCGGAGGAGCCACCCCAUGGACCCCACUGUCUGCAUGUGGGAACCCCUCGGGAACACGCUGCUUUGCUCAGUCAGUGGUACUGAGAGGUAUAGACAGAGCGUGCCAUACCAGUCAGCUCACCCCAGGGACACCUCUGCCUUCUCCUCUCCAUGCGUGUACCACUGGAGAAGAAGUCUUGGCUCAAUAUUUACAUCAGCAGCAGCCUAGAGUCACAAGUUCUUCCCAUCUGCUGCUGACUCCCUGCAGGGUGGCUCCUCCUUACCCCUACCUCUUCUCAAGCCUCAGCCAGCAGGGUAUGGUUCUGGAUGGUCCCCCCAGGGGCACAGCAGUGCACAGCAUCCCAGUGUUUGGGGCUCUGUGCUCCUCUUCGUCCUUGCACCAGACCCUGGGAGGCUUGGCCACAGAGCUCACCAAACUGGACCUGCGACGCUGGGCCAGCUUCUUGGAUGCUGGGGUGGAACAGGAUGAGAUGGAGGAGUUGCUGCAGGAGCUCCACAGUCUGGCCCAGUGCUACCAGGAUGGCGGUGGCCUCAUGGACUAGAGUUCCCGGGCAGGGUGGGGGGAGGGCCAGAGCUAGUUGGCAAUAAAAGCUGCUGAAUUUAAGAGCCCAGUGUCCUCAGGCAGAGGAGCUUAGUGUCUUGGGACUGGCAACACGACACAGGCAUUUAUUACACUUGGAAACACUGUGAGUAGAUCACAGAACAAUAAAUAUGUACCAUCA